AUGCAACGAAGGCUGUCGGCUAGACUUGCGAUCUGUGAACGUGGACUUGACUUGCAAUUGAGGCCUACUGUGAAAGAAUUUGUGGGAUUUGAGAACGCAAAAGCUUUAAAUAGAGAUCACAAUUCUUCGAAAUAUCUCUCCAUUGCGUGCAACUCCUCAUCAGAGCAUUUCCCCAAGAACAUCUUUGCUACACAGCUUUCCAUAGCUUUCCACUCAACGCUCUUCUUGCUACAAGCCCUCCAAGUCAUCACGUCUUCCGAACAAUCCAACGCGCCUCAGUUCGCCAAUGAGAAGGACAUGGAAACGGAAGAAAUGACUCUUCAAUCCGGCGAGAAACUCACAAUCGGCCGCCCUAAGGGCUCUGCCGCUGCGAAAGCGGAGAUUGAAGCCGCGAUGAAGGACAAUCCUGGGGUCAUGGAAGCUCACGGACCUGGUUUCACCAUCGACGUGAACUGGCCAGCAGGUCAGUCGGGAUCAACGACUGCUGACUUCCAAUCCCGAACUGGUAUAUCCAAAUGGAGCAUCCAAAAGGGAGGCACGGUCUUCAAUUAUCGAGUCUGGUUUGAGACGGAUCAGACCUACGACUAUCAAUUUCAGGACCAGACGCAUCAGUGGUAUGAGUGCAACGUUUGGCUCAAAGGCGGGCACUAUGUCGACUACAACUCGGAUAUGCCCAAUAUUCAGAAAGUCAGUGGUAGCUAG